ACUCCAGGAUACUAGCAGCUUAUUACUCCAUCUACGUCCAGGUACGAUAUCGGAGGCUGUUGGUAACGUUAGAGAGACUCGGUUACAUCAAUGUGUCCAGAUAGUGAAGGCAUCUGAUUUCGGUAGUAGAUGCACCGACAAACGCUAUAUUGCUUGGCUUAAUACCAUAUGUCGUCAUGACCAUGAUAAGACUGCAGUAGCAGCAGCAUUAUGUGAUAUAGCUACUCAGUCCAUAGCAAGUACUAGCAUGGACCCACAUAGGUGUGCUAGAGUCCUUAAGCUAACGGAGGACUUCAUCCAUAGGGGCGAUUGGAUAAUUAACUCUGUUAUAUUACUACUAGAGCGGUGUAUACGCCCAGGUGACUUUAGUGCUGGUAUUGUCCAUCUGACACAGUCAUUGUUAUCAUUCCUGCUUACUAAUACUGAUAUGUUCAUCUCUAAGAAGGAGAUUAAAUUGUGUCAAGCCACGUUCUUUAAAGUCGCUACGUUAUUACCAUGCUAUAUACAGUGUAAGGACACAUCUACUGUGCCUACUGAGGACCUAUCUACACAAUGCGAAACCCUUAUCACUAAAUAUUGGGAUAAAUGUCGGCCAUGGAUAGCAGCAAUAGGAAGAGAUCUCAUACGGGUUCUACUACCCAUAUCUAAGUGCCAAGGUGUAUCCGAUAUUUGGCGUAUGCUUACUGUAGGAGAUACUACUGGCAAACGCCUUGCUAAAGUAUGUAGUCUGAGUACACCAUGUUGGCUGCAUCGGCAUCUUAUAUCACCUACUGAGGAGGAGGAGCUCUCAGCUCUAUUCUCUGCCUUUCUCGCUGGUAGCCAGAAGCAGAUGCAAGACCAGUACUUCGAGAAGUCGUUCAAAGCAGAGGGUCUACUACUGGGUCAUCACGUUAUCCAUACCACUCGAGCAGUACUUUGUGGAGAUUUACAUAAUCUCGAUACCGAGGUUAGUCGUAACAGUAUGAUACCACCACAACAACGAGUACUCCGUUGGCACUUCCUUGGCUGGUUGGCCAUCAUUGUUGGCCAGUUCAUGAGCACCGAGGAACAGGCCUACUUCCGAUUAACCCUUAUCAUUGACUGCUUACUGGGAGGUGUCGGCGAGCCAAUGCAGGCACCACCAUCAGAGCUGCAGCAGCAGAAGCAGGGAGACACUGUCAUCAUCGAUGAGGACGUUUUGGUGAAGUCGUUAGUGGACAGCAGAGGUAGGCUCAUACCCACUAGUUAUCGUGAGUGGGAUCCACAUCUACCGCCUCCUAUAACUCCACCACCACCCCAAGGUGCUGGUGGCAAGGAGAAGCCUACUAUACUUGAUGGCUUUAUACCAGUGCAUGACCUUAUAUACGAGGAACUCCCUACUGAGCGCUCAAUAGCGGUACCGUUACUGAUAGUAUUGGGGUUGUCGAUAGACAACUUAUUACCAUCAUCAUCAUCAGCAACAACAACAGCACUGAGGCUAACACGUCAGAACCUAGCCAACUCAGUCUGUGAGACCUUAUUCCAGUGUGCUGUGGAGACACUACGGCGAGGACGGGAUUAUAGUAAUGAUACUCUCGUUGGGAGGGUCGAGACUCUCUGUGUCACGGCUCGCCUACCGCAGUCAUUGGUUGUAUGCUUCGAUGCGGUAUCGAAAGCAAUAGAUAUGCUGUGUGCCAAUCGUGAAGAGUAUAAUACCCCGGAGUGGCUAGAUAAGUCCCCAAGGGCAGUACUACAACGUAUCAUACUCCCUGAUCCGGCACCACCUCCAGUGAUUGCAUCUUCUAAUGAUGAGCUUGAAGGGCCUAUCAUGGAGGAGGAUGAUGAAGGGAAUUACUCUGAGAUGAGCGAUACUGAGGGGGAUACAGCCUCUGUCAUGACUGAGGUCGCCUCCCUCCACCCUCAUCCAUCUACAACAACAGUAGAGCACCCAGAUGAAGGGGAGCAGCAGCAGAGUAGGGCAGAGAUAGGGCAAGAGGAGGUUGGUGGUAGUAGUAGCAACCCAGUAGCCCAAGAUGGUAGUGUUGAGAACAACAAGGGUAGUAAAGUGAUGGAGUUACUAAUGCUAUUACAGAAGGGAUGAUGAUGAUGAUGUUCUUCUGAUGUGU